GGUAUCUGAGUGAGCCGCGCGCUCGUGUCGCUAUGGUAACGCAUGUUUGAGACAGAGUGCUAACAGGUGUGCUCGCGAGCUUCUCAAAACGACCGAAACAUUUCACGUAUCUCCGUGUUAUUUGCGCAAUAUAUACGAUGCCACCCAAAAAAGAAGGUUCAAGUAAAAAGCCUGCAAAGGCGAGGACGCCCACACUGAUAGAUGGCCUUACCAAGGAGGAGAUGUCCAAGGAGCAGCUGGAAGAGCACAUUGUGCGCCUUCGAGAGGAGCUGGAUAGAGAGAGGGAAGAGAGAAACUACUUUCAGCUGGAGAGGGACAAGAUCCACAUGUUUUGGGAGAUUGCAGACAGACAACUGGAGGAGGUCAAGGCUGAACGGAAAAACUUUGAUAAGGACAUAGAAGAGGAUGAGGGCCGGCACCAAGUAGAGAUCAAGGUGUAUAAGCAGAAGAUGAAGCACCUCCUGUGUGAACACCAGAACACGAUCUCUGAGUUGAGAGCAGAUGGUUUAGUCUCUACUCAGGUGAUGCAGAAAGAGCAAGAACAAUUAGAGACUCGGCUUCAUAAGGACAUGAGGGCCAUCAUGGUCGACAUGCACGAGCUGGACAAUGAAAACCUUGUUAAGGAGUUUGAACUGAAACAUGCUAAAGAAAUGACUGAAAUAAGGAACAGGUGGGAGAAGCAACUCACAGAAAUCCAAGCCAAGUAUGAGAAAAAGAUGGAGUUGCUGCCACAAGAGCUGGACAACAUGACGAAAAAUGCGAUCAGUGAGAGAGAGGAUCAUUGGAACAGCCACAUCAAUACUCUUAUUGAAGACCACAACAAAACUUUCAGUGACGCUAAAGCGCUCGUUGAUGGCAUGCAUCAGGAUUUGGAUAUGAACGGUUCACUCAAGACACAAAUGAAAGAGAUGACUCUGAAACAGGAGCAGAAGGUAAAGGAUCGGGCCUGUCUUCUGAAAGAUAACAAUCGUCUCGCUGAGCUUCUCUCCAAAGUCAAAGAGGAAGUCGCUGCAAAUGAGAAAAAAAUGAAAUACCACAUAACUAAAAAGGUUUGUUGGAUGCCGGUGAAAAGGCUAAAAAAAAAUGAGCUGGAUGAUCUGAAACGGGAUUAUGAGACAAUGGAAGAGAAAUUCAGCAAGCUCCAGCUGGAAAGGGACGAGCUAUACAAAACAUUCACUCAGAAUAUUCAGAAGGUGCAGCAAAAAGCAGAUUUGAAAAACACGCUGCUGGAAAAGAAGCUGAACGGCCUGACAGCCGGUGUGGAGAAGACGCAGGCUCAGCUCUUCUCGGUGAUUUCUGCCUCCAACAUGGACCAAACUGCCCUUGACGGGGUCACUCACAAAAUUGAGGAUUAUCUUGACUCCAGAAAUAAUUCCAUGAAGAAGUUACGGUAUAAAAGAGCUCAGAUUUCCCAGGCUCGUAAAGAUUUGCUGCUGACCUACGAAGCAAAGCAAAGGGCUCUCGGCGUCCCGGUGGAGGAGCUUUGUGCGAAGCCCUUUGAGAGCAGUCUCGCUGGGAACGGUCUGUAACAGGACUUGGAUCUUGAACAAUGAACUCAAAGACCAUUAACAUUAAAUCUCACUUUCUUUGCAUCUGAUCUGAUUUAGAUUCUGACACAUACUCUCAUAUUUUCCUUUGAUACGUAGCACUAAAAUAUUACAACUAAAUAUUGUUUUCUCUUUCUCAUCAUUUUUAUUUGGCAAAUCCGAGAGAUAAACCUUUUUUAGGCUAUAAAAUAUAUUUUACUUCUUAAAAUCAUUGUCACAGACCAAGCAUAAUACCUAAAUACCUAAUGUUCAAGGACAACACAGUAUCUACAAACAAAAUGUUAUACGUCAGUCUUUUGGAUUAUUUAUUUUUAGUUUCAUCCUUUUGUGAAUAGUUAAUAAGUUAAUUGUGAUGUAAUGUAUUUUUGUUAUGCUGUGUGUAUGUCCAUAUAUUACAAUUUAUAUUGAAAUUGAUCAAAUAAAUUAAUUUAGAAUUAAA